UCAGUCGACGAUGGAAGAUGUCAUGCGUGUCCGACUGCUAGCCGAAGAUGAUGGAUAUUCCGAAAAAACUUUGAAUUCCAACCAAAUAGUAGACGCGGUACAACAGGCGUUUGCAGAAGCCAAUCCCAUAACGAUGGAUAAUAUUACACUGACCAUUACUUUAAGUGGACGCGAUGACGACAUGCAGACAGUUGAUGGGAACGACGUGUCCAAAUUCAAUUUCUCCUUGUCGUACCCCAAAAUGGACACCGCGAUUUACUGGAAAUUGUGGCGCUAUCCGACCAAGGAUGUCAUCAACAAGUUCCUUCAGACAGCCGAUGCUAGGAUCGCUGAGACGUGGACAGUGCCGAUGCCUGUCAAUUACUUUUGAGAAUAUUUAUUUACUGUAGCUUUAGAAGGAUAGUUGCGCUAAAUAAAUCUGCCAAACCUUAAAUGCAACGUUAGCCUAUCCUAACGAUGCAGCUGCUUUUUUUAAUAACAAAGGAGGUAAAGUUGUCAAGGGACAAGGGACAAUCCCUUUAUGGGCAACAAUAAAUCUUAUAAUUUCACCCUGGCGACAAACAAGCAAGUAGGCAAGCAGGUUCGGAUAUUAAUGAUAAAGUAUUUAAAAUGUGU